UGAGAGAGAGGGAAAGGUAUUUAUAGAAAAAUGGGGCUUUGCUGUACCUUUUCUUGCAAUGAACCAUUUCAAGACCAAGUGAGUUUGUCCCAGUUUUCUGUUCCUCCCUCAGCCAUAGAGCUUUGACCGAGGCUGAGGCUGGACAGCCUCACCCGGGAUGGAGAGCCCGAUCCUCAGACGUUCUGACCUCCCUCUUCUCAUUACCGCUGGCUUUCUGAUUUGGAACAGGGGAGGCGCUGGCCCUCACUGCUCACUCAUGUGACUUUUAAGGUGUAUUUCAUUUGUUCAGAUGGGGAGUGGCUUUUGGAAGCAGUAAGCUCAGGUGAGCAGCAGCAAAAGAGUGUCCUCGGACACUCUUUGGCUGCAGCUACCCCCAGGCAGGGGGUGAAGAAAGACUGGCAGGAACGUGCCCUGCCGCAAGCCGGGCAAGGAUGAGGCGUUUCCUGAGCAGGAAGGGCCGCUUCUCCCUGCGCCAGAGCAAGUCCGGGACGCGGAGUGCCUCCAAAGAUUUCUACCUCGGCCUCCCAGCCACCAAUCAGAACUGGCCCGAGGCGUUUGGCUUCCGUCUGGGAGGCACUGGGCCCAGCUACAUCCUGUCUGUGGUGGAGGGCAGCAGUGCCUACCUUGCUGGCUUGCAGCCCGGUGACCAGGUGGUGGACAUUGAGGGCCAGGAUGUGACCAACCUGAGCACACCUGCACUCAUUGCCUUGGCUCAGACCCUGAAGACAGUACCCCCCAGCAUCGGUGUAGUCUCACGCCUUGAUCAGCUGGACAUCACCCCGGGUCCGGACGGCCGUUUCGGCUUCACCAUCAUCGGAGACAGCCCCCUAAUGGUUGAGGAAUGCAUGCCUGGUGGUCCAGCAGGGCGGAGUGGUCUCAAAGUUGGUGACUACGUAAUGGAGGUUAACGGCAUCCCGGUGAAGCAUCACGAAACAGCAGCAGCCAUGAUCAAAGCAGCACAGGGUCGGCCUCUGCGCCUGGGUGUGCUCAGCAUGGCUCGCCGGCCCAAACGGCUGAGCAGCAGCAUGAGGGUGCUCUCACAGAGCGGAGACAGCAUCCGGGAAAGUCGGGCCCACAAGGCCAUGGAAUUCAAUAAAAAAGUGGAGGAAGUACUUGGAGAGGAGCCUGAUGUGAAAGAGCAGCUGUUUGAGGUGCUGAAACAAUACGCCUCUGAGAGGGACGUGGAGAGUUUGGCUGAAGCCCUGCCCGACAUUUUGAUCACAGAGGAGCAUCAGCAGCUCAUAGAUAGUGUCAGAAUCUUCAUUCCAAAGAAGCACCGGGAACGCUUUGAUGAGGUGGUUUCUCAGAGCUUGAUGAGUCGGCUGAAGGGGCGGAGCUUCAGUGACCCUAGCCGUAGCCAUCUUCGCCGCAGCCGGAGCGAAGAUCACCCCGAGCGCCUCCUUGUUUCCACCCGGGCCAGCUCGGUGCCGCGUACUCACGCAGAGGAAGGCGGUGUCCCUCCUACCAGAGGCAUGCGAAAGACCACCUCACUCAUCGCUGGCCACUCCGGGGCCAGCACCACCAACUGCAGGACAGUACGAGUGUGCAAGGGCAACAUGAGUUUUGGCUUCACUUUGCGAGGCCACGCUCCAGUGUGGAUUGACUCUGUGAUCCCUGGAAGUCCUGCAGACAAGGCGGGUUUAAAACCGGGGGACAGGAUUCUUUUUCUCAAUGGACUGGAUAUGAGGACGUCCUCUCAUGAGAAGGUGGUGUCCAUGCUGCAAGGAAGUGGUGCCAUGCCCACCCUGGUAGUGGAGGAUGGUUCAGCUACCUUUACCAUAGCUGAGCAGGACCUCCCAGGAGGCAGCGUUGCCACAGAACGUUCCCGCUCUCCAGUGCUCAGUUCGCUGCAGUGGGUGGCAGAAAUCCUGCCUCCCAGUAUCAGGGUUCAGGGCCGCACUUUUGGGCAACAACUGGAGCACCUGCUGACACUCCAGGAGAGAUACACUAUCUGCAAGGCUUUGGAGAACUUCUUCCAGCACAGGAAUGUAGACACACUGAUCGUGGACGUGUUUCCGGUGCUGGAUACUCCCGCCAAACAGGUGAUAUGGCAGUUUGUUUACCAGCUGCUAACGUAUGAAGAACAAGAGCACUGUCAGAGCAAAAUCUCACGCUUUCUUGGAUACAAAGCACCAGUUCCACCACCGCCACCACCUGCUCCCCCGCCUUCGGAGCCUGAUUCUGCCCCAGAGCCACAUCGUCGUAGCAGCUCCAUGAGGGUAACCGGUACCACAUACAGAAGCAGCGUGAGGGGCCGUAGCUCUGAUGACCUGGUAAUAGGUACACACUUGGGAAUGGGCCUCCGUACCGAGCACACACUAGAGACGGGGAUGAGGUUGGCUCCAGGAGAGAGACAGUCGGGAGAUGGAACUUCUUUGCCUGAGACUCCCAAUAAUCUCACCAAUCUGUCAGCAGUGUAUGCUGAACUGGAGAAUAUGUACUCAGCCAAGAGGUCCAAGUCUCUGAAGAGUCGCCCUCCUCCUGCCCCUGAGAGUUUUCUGGAUUUGGAACCUCCUUCACGCACAGCAUCUCCAACAGUCCAUGGUAACACAGGUAACCGUAAAGGACCCUCACCCCAACAACCCUGGCCAGAUCCUCUGCCCAGUCCACCUUCAGCCCAGUUCUACUCUUCUGGGUUAACAACGCAGACCAGUGGGGAGUCUAACCCGUACAUCAGCCUCGACAGCCCCCCUCCCUCACCUCCUGAACCAGACUUCCCUUCAAGCCCACCUGUCCAUCGCAGCAAGCGACGUUACACCUUCUCCAAACCGCCUCGUUCAGAAGACACAGAUCGUUUUCUGGAUGCACUGAGUGAGCAACUGGGACAGAGGGUGGCCAUCGUCGAUGAGUUUUUGACCCCAGAAAAUGACUAUGAAGAGGAUGUUGUGCAGAUGGGCUUCCCAGAUGAAGACGAUGAGGAUAACGAAGAUGAUUUGGGGGUUGAUGAAGAUGAGAAUGGAGGAUUUGUGGCUCCAGAGCUCAGCAGCCCAAGUGAUGUCCAAAGUAGCAGUGGAGAAGAGAAUGCCUCUUCCCUCACCUAUUCCUCCUCCUCUGAUCACAUCCCUCCUCCCCCCAUGACCCCUCCUCCACCCCCACCUGUUCAGUUUAAUGACCCUCCUCCUCCCCCUCCACCCCCUGCCCAGCCUCAGCCUCAGAAACAGCAGCAAUCACUGGCCUAUACCCCUGAGCACUCACCAAGAGCAUAUGUUCCCAUCCGCCGGAAGUCUGGCCCUCCUCCUCCCCCUCCUCCUCGCAGUAAUCCACCAGCUAAGCGCCACUCAUUACACAAAGUCCUACCUUCAAGAGAGGAUCUUCAAGUCCAUGCUACUAUACAAGAGCUAAAGGCGUACCAAGAGCAAGCCUAUAAGGAAAGACAGGUUUACGAUGACCAGCAGGUGUAUAAGGAGAGGCAGGCAUAUGAAGAGCAAAAAGCCUUUGAGGAACAACAACUUUUACAAGAACAGCAGGCCUAUCAGGAGAAAAUGUUCAAAGAGAGACAGGCUUAUGAGGAACAAAAAGCAUAUGAAGAGCAGAAAGCUUUUGAAGAACAACAAAUGUACCAGGAGCAGCAAGCUUACCAAGAGAGGCAAGCGUACGAACAGGCCUACCAGGAGCAAAAAGCGUACGAGCAGCGGCAAGCCUACAAGGAGCAAAAAGCAUUUGAAGAGCUUCAAGCCUACCAGGAGCAAAAAGCUUAUGAGGAGCGCAAAGCUUAUGAGGAGCAGAAAGCCUACGAGGAGCGCCAAGCUUAUGAGGAGCAACAAGCCUAUGAAGAACAGCAGAUGCAGCAGAUCUACCAAAGCCAUCAGUCAAUGCCCGCCCAGCCAACCCAGCAGAAAGCCCAUUCACCUCUGCCUCUCCAGCAACUGCACCAAUCCUUACCGCCUCUCCCCUCCCCUGACCCCACCCAUCCCCAUGCUAACCACCCUCUAUAUAUGAUACACCAAGCACAGCAGCAACAGGCCCACCAGAGUCAUCAUCACCGAAGGUUGUCUCGUUCAGCCCCACCCCCACAUCAGCCCUCACCCCAACCAACAGUCCACCCAAGCCAGCAGGGUCAAUACGUUGAAGGCAUCUACCAAAGUAGCAAAGGCGGUAGACCCCAGCCCCACCAUUCUUCUACAGAGAUGCUCCACCAGAUGCAUCCAGCCCCUGCCCAUCAUUCCUCAGCUGAGAUGCUCCACCAGCUGCAGCAGUCCCAGGCCCACCACUCUUCCACUGAGAUGCUGCAGCAGAUGCAGCAGGCCCACGCCCACUACUCAUCGUCAGAAAUGCUCCACCAAGUGCACAAAUCCAAGGCCCACCAUUCCUCAACAGAGCUUCUCCAUCAGUCUCAACAGAUGCAGCCUCACCACUCCUCGACCGAACUUCUCCAUCAAGCUCACCAGAUGCAUCGGGGACAGCCUCACCACUCAUCAACUGAGCUCCUCCAUCAAAUGCACCCCCCCAAGCCUCAUCACUCAUCCCAGGAGCUUCUCAAUCAAGCCCAUCAGAUGCAUCAAUCCAAGCCCCAUCACUCCUCCACAGAGAUUCUGCAUCAAGUCCAACAAGAGCCUGCCUCCCUCCCGCUUCAGCUAAGCCGGGACAGCCACCCCCACCAGAGCCGGAGAAGUGUUAAAGGUCACCAUCAAGGCGAGGUGACACAGCAGGGGAGGCACCAAGAGCAGCAAAUGCAUCAAACCCAUCAUCCCCAGCCCACCAAACCUUCUCCUCAGAGACCACACUCUAUACAGCAGACCCACCACCAUUCCAGCACGCCUCAGAUCCACCAUAUCCACCACAUGACCCCACAGCCCCCUCCUCAGGAUUACCAGCACCAGAUCCAAGUCAUCCAUCCUCCUCAGCAGCCCCACAGGCCUCAGCCACUUCUUUCCACUUUUCAGCCCCUUCAACCACACCAGCCCACCAUGUCCUCCUUCCAGCCUCUUCCACAACACCCCCAACCGCAGCACCAGGUCCAGUCCUCCACCCAGACGGCCCGUCCACACUCACAGCCGUCACACCACCUCCUGCAGUCCCAAAGCCAGCCACUCUCCCAGGCCCACCACAAGCAAUCUCAAAACCAUGGCCAGCCCCAGUCCCUCCCCCACUCUCUUUCUGAUCCUACAGAACAUCUGGAGCCCCCUCCGCCUCCACCUCUCCCACCCCCCUGCUCCCCUCCACCACUGCCAAGGCCCAAUCUGUCCAGGAUGGACUCCAAUCACAUGAGCGUGAAGCGACUGCGCUGGGAGCAGGUGGAAAACUCAGAGGGAACUAUAUGGGGACAGCUGGGUGCAAAUUCUGACUAUGACAAACUGCAUGACAUGGUGAAGUAUUUGGAUCUUGAGCUUCACUUCGGGACACAGAAGAGCUCCAUGCCUGCUCCAGAGCCAUAUCCCCAGGUAGAAACCUUUAAGAAGAAAGGCGUUGUAGAAAUAUUGUCCCAUAAGAAGGCUUACAAUGCCUCCAUCCUGAUAGCCCACCUGAAGCUGUCUUCUGCCGAGCUGCGUCAGAUACUGAUGAACAUGGCUACAGAUAGACUAGAGUCAUCUCACAUCAAGCAGCUUCUGCUGUAUGCCCCUGAUGCAGAGGAGGUGAAAAAGUAUGAAGAAUACAGACAAGACCCUAGUAAACUUAGUGAGCCAGACCAAUUUGUGUUGCAGAUGUUAGCCAUACCCGAGUAUAAGACCCGUCUGCAGAGCCUCCUCUUCAAGUGUUCUCUUCAGGAGAAGACAGAGGAACUGAGGGGAGCCUAUGAUUGUAUCUACAAGGCCUCAGUGGAACUAAAGUCCAGCAAGAAGCUUGCUAAGAUACUGGAGUUUGUUUUGGCAAUGGGAAACUAUCUGAAUAACAGCCAGCCUAAAACCAACAAGACCACAGGCUUUAAGAUCAACUUCCUUACAGAGCUAAGCACAACAAAAACAGUUGAUGGGAAGUCUACAUUUCUGCAUAUUCUGGUCAAAUCGUUGUGUCAGCACUUUCCCGAUGUGUUGGAUUUUUCCAAAGAUCUUACCAUGGUUCCUCUCGCAGCAAAGGUGAAUCAGAGGACGAUCACAUCAGAUCUAAAUGACCUUCAUACAACCAUCCAGGACAUCCGCACAGCCUGUCAGAAGAUGCCGGCGACUGCUGAGGACCGCUUUGCUGUGGUCAUGAGUAACUUCCUGGAGAACAGCCAUCCAGCAAUCCAGUCUCUAGAAUCUCUCCAACAGAGAGCGAUGGAAGAAUUUAGCAAAACGGCCUUGUUCUUCGGUGAGGACAGCAAAAGCGCCAACACUGAGGCUUUCUUUGGUAUCUUUGCUGAGUUCAUCAACAAAUUUGAGAGAGCUCUUGGUGAUCAACAAGCUGCAGAAAACCCAAAGAGUCCUCGGAGUCCAAGACUGGCCUCCCCACUGGCCUGGUAACACACAUUUGACUAUGAGGACGACCACAUACAGUCCAACAUUUGAUACAGUAUUCACACAGUCACACACAUUACAUGCAUGUGAAGCACAAACACAUCCUCACAUAUUGUAUGGCCAAUACUGACAAAACAUUUUUCAAAUCUUUGCUUAAAGGAGAAGAGUGAAAACUUGAAUGAAAGAUGAGCAUCUUUAUACAAGCGUACUAUUGUAUGUAUACUCCUAUUCAACAUAGAACAUAACCAUGUGUGGUUUUGAAGAUAUCUUUUAUUUACAUACUUGAUUUACUUGAUUACUUGUAGUAGUUUAAGAUAUAUUUCUGUAAGCACCUGUGUAGUGCGGUAUGACAAUUAUAUAAGAAAAUCUUUGUAGCAUAUCUGCAGCUAAGACUAAGAAUUAUAAAUUUUAUCCCAGAAUAGAUAUAAAAUAAAAUGUGGUUGAUUUACUAAAUCUGUUAAAUGAAUUGUUUACAUGUUCUCUAACUUUGUCAAGCACCCACCACAUUGAAUGUAACAGAUUGUUAACUACCCCUCUUCCCUGAGUAAAUACCCAAUCAGAUGUCCCGAACAGACUUUCAUUUAGCGCAUUGUACAUAUGCCUCUGUGCAAGCAGAAUUUAUAACAUUUGUAACAUUUCUUUCAUUUAUGGCUCUUGCCUCCCAAGUUGUACAUAUAAAUGAAAAAAUCGAAUGUUCAUUGUCCUUUAAUUUAUGUUUGGCUCUAGACAUUAAGACACUACUAGCAGAUGGCAGCAGUGUGAUCGUGUGGAUCUUACAGCGGGCACUGUGCAAUAUGUGAGCAAAAGCUGUGUUCCACUGUUAGAAAUUAAACUUUUAAAAUGGAACGGAAAUGUAUUGUGUGUAAAGUGUACAUAAUGUGAGAGAGUUUAAAGAAUAUAUGCUUUACAAAUUCUGAAAAACUAUAAUUGCUACAUUGUCUUACCUGGUAUUUCUUUUCUCCAACAUAACAUUAAACCACUGAGAGGACAGCAGUACCCUUAAUAUAAUAUAUAAUACCCUGUACAAUUAUACAGCUUCAGUGUUUUGUGAAAACAACAAAGCUUUAAGUGCUAUUUCUAAGGCAAAUAGUUUAAGAUCAACAUGCAAUCAGUAUAAGCUCUGUUUUCUAAAGGUGUAAGUUUUUUUUGCAUUCUCGUUUCACAGAGUGGAAACUUUAAAGCAUUACUGUCCAUUUAAGGCUUACAAUGUGUCAAGUCUGUAUUUUGUAUUGUAACUUAAUUCUGAUAAAUAUAUACUUAUCCGCUCUUGCUUGGUAUGAUUGUGUUUAUUUAGGGUUUUAUCAAUUAAUGUCGCAUCAAAUCUAUGUCACUUAUGUACACUUGUGUAUUCCACAUUUGUUAUUAUAUA